CUUAAUACUGAAAGAGGUUUAGUACCACCAAAAUGUCUUUUCAGUAAGAUCUUAGAGGAAUGAGGAAGAAUGCGCUUCCUGAGCCACAGGUGACAGUAGUGGGAGGGAGGUUAUUGUUUAAGGUAUUGCAUAAUGGAAACAGAAGAUCCUUCGGAGCUUGGGGACUGGUUGAAGCAGCGAGUGUUGGGAAGCGGUGGGUUUGGUGUUGUAACAUUAUGGAAGAAUAAACAGACGGGUGAAACAAUAGCCUUGAAGAAAUGUCGUUCAGGUACUGACAGUAUCAUGACACCAAAACAUAAAGAAAGAUGGACAAAAGAAGUGGAAAUAAUGCAGCGACUUUCACAUCCCAAUGUUGUCAAGGCAAUUCAAGUUCCAUGGGAACUUUCUAUUCUUCGCUCUGAGCUGCCAUUGUUGUGUAUGGAAUUCUGCUCAAAAGGUGACCUUAGACAGGUUUUAAAUAAAAGGGAAAACUGUUGUGGGCUGAAUGAAGCUGAUGUUCGUGCUCUAAUUUCUGAUGUGAAGAGUGCAAUACAAUACCUUCACACCAUGAAGAUUACACACCGAGAUUUGAAACCGGAGAAUAUCGUACUUCAACAAAAGGAAAAAAAGAUUGUCUAUAAGCUGAUUGACUUGGGGUAUGCCAAAGAGCUUGAACAAAGCAGCUUAUGUACUUCUUUCGUUGGCACCCUACAGUAUCUGGCCCCUGAGCUCUUCACAAACAAGCCCUAUACCAGCUCAGUGGACUACUGGAGUCUAGGUCUUCUUUCUCAUGAAGUGAUUACAGGAGUAAGACCAUUCUUACCUAACAUGACUCCAGCUGCAUGGAUGUCUCAUGUACGGAACAAGUCAUCUGAUGACAUCUGUGCAUAUCAAGCUCCUGAUGGAAGUAUUGUUUUUUCCAAGGAACUUUAUGAUCAGAACCAUAUCUCACUAGCCCUGAAACAUGAUAUGGAACGAUGGUUAAAACUUGCUUUGGAAUGGGAUCCAAAGAAACGUGGUCGAGGACCAGGUGAUAAAGUUAUCAUCUUUGAUAUGCUUGACGAAAUUCUCAGUAAGAAGAUUGUGCAGUUGUUUGUAGUGCCAUUGUAUUUGCACUGCAGUUAUGUGGUAGACAGUUCAACAGCACUCUCAACAUUACAAGUGUGGCUUGAACGAGAUACUGCGUUAGCUGUGAAUGAUCAGGAGUUGCUUUUACCAUCAGGCAAACCACCUGAGCCAGAUGCUGGGGCCAUGCAGUGCUGGAAUCAGAAGUGUAUUGAGGAUGGGACUCCAAUGCUGCUGGUCUUCAGAAAGGGUGAGCUGACGUUACCACAGGUUGGACCAAGAAUUCCAUGGACAGUGCAACAGAUGUUGCAGGAGCCACGCACCAAACUGGAAUACGUGCAUCUGCGUCGUGCAUGGGCACAUGCAAGUUUUUUCUUACGCCAAGAAGCAGACUUAUAUCGUACACUCGUUGCAGCAUUUCAAACGAAGAUGAAACAUGUUGAAGAACUGGGGAAUAUACUCACAGAAAACUUGAAAGAUGCAGUGACAAGCUUACAGAGGGUUGAAGCACAAAUGGACAUUGUUCAUAGUAGCCUCAAGCUGGAUGAAGAGAAGGCUGCAGGCAGAGUUAUUGGCUCAGUAAUGCAUCGUUGGUCCAGGGGUUUUGAGCAAAUAAAAUCGCGAGUGGAAACACUACACGAUGUAUUGCUGCAGGAUUUGAAGACCAGGAGUGAAAGAACUUCAUCAAAGCUUCUGAAGUUACAAGAAGAACCAACACCACCUUGGCAGGAUAUGGAAAUGCUAUCAGAAAGUGGACUGAAGUGUUAUGAUCAGCUUCGUCGACGUUCAAGAGAAAGUAGGCAACAGAAAUCAGAUUGUAUUGAAAUGCUCAAGAUUGUCUACAGCUGUUUAAAACGAAGAGAUGCUUUGUUAAGAGACAAGGCAUUUUCUGAACAGUUAACAUUACUUGCUGUUCUUCAAAAAGAUCUUGAGAUGCUCGACAAUCCUAUCAACAGAGCAAUUGAAUUAAUAGAAAAAAUCAGUGUUGAACUGAAAGAGGAACAACUGAAGAGACAAAAUGACAUUUGGAGGUCUGUAAUGGGACUGGAUGCUACACAGAAUUCUGUCGGUCAUGUUUCACCAUCUCCAAGUCUGUACUUGGAUGAGUUGAAAGAGCUUCAAGUUCCUGAACUGACUGUGACUGAUUUCAAGAUUGGCAGUUUCAUGCCAGAUCGCAACCUUGCAGAUGGAAAUCUUAGCAGAACUCACUCAAGAGAGGAAACCCCAACUCCAAAUGAACUGAGAAUCUCCAGAGAGUCAUCACCACAUCUUGCGGGCAGAGUGUCGCCAUUUGCUGCCUCAGAUGCUACAACUAUUGUUCAAGAUAAUUUUGAGCUCAGGUUCAGGACAGAAGAGCUGUUAAAUCAAAGUUUUCAACAAAUUCGCAGUAUAAUGGGCGAUUUCAUGUCAAUGGAUUGGACUCAUUUGGAACAGUGAAGAUGACUGUGCU